UUGCGUUAGCAGAUGUCACCCCCGCGUUUACCUGGUUGAUCUUACCUGCAACAUCAUCUUUGCACAGAGCCUUAUUACUUCACCAUCAUUCGAGACAUGCCUUCUUCAUCCGGCUUCCAAGCUAUGCCGGGCUGGUACUGGCCGGACGAUGUACCAAAGGACGAGCCGUCACGUGGUGCAACCUCAUCGUCAACACCGCAACCUCAGGCCACAGGUACCUCAGCUCCAGAUGGAUCAUCCCAGAAAGAACAAGCCACUCGGCCCAGACGCACCCACUGGCCACCUCGACAGUGCAGGAUUUGCCUCGAGGUUGUUCAACCUACCGUCAACGCACCCUCUGAGAACCUCCCAGGCUUUCUGCAGUCGUCUCAUCCCAAUGUGUUGUACGAAGAUGAAGGCGGUCGUUUGAUCAGACCCUGCUUAUGCAAAGGCUCUUCAAAGUAUGUCCAUGACGGGUGUCUGCAAGCUUGGCGCCACGCCGAUCCCAGCUACGGACGCAGGAACUACUGGCAAUGCCCAACUUGCGGUUUCAAGUAUCGACUUGCGCGACUUGGAGCAGGUCGGUUUGUUGGUAGUAUCACUGCGCAACUUACAUUGACGGUUCUGAUUAUGAUAUCGAUGGUGUUCAUCCUUGGGUUCUUUGCCGAUCCUAUUCUCAAUUUGUACUUUAAUCCAUGGAGCACUCUCAUGCCCUGGGCAAGUUCCAGUCGAGAUUAUUACUAUGAACCGGAAGAUGAGCCGGAUUCCUGGGCCGAGCACUUCGCCAAAGGUUUCGCUGGCAUGGGCGUGCUUGGCUUUCUCAAGGUCAUUGUCACCAGCCCGCUCUCUUACUUCAGGAUUGGAGGUGGCGGUCGAGGGCGAGCCACUGGCCGAGAUCGAUACGAGCAGGUCAGCUGGAUCAUUAUCUUGAUCGGUGUAGGAACGUUCCUAGCAGUAUGUACAUUCUCAGAUCAUUCAUGGGUCCCCUGCUAACACAAGAGAGGCCAUCUACAAAGGCGUUCGCGUUUGGAGCCGUCGCACUCUGGAGAGAGCUGGCGAGCGAGUCAUGGAUGUUCAGGGCGACGAUGAUGGCGACGAUGAGUAG